AUGCGUGCCAAUGCACUUGUUCAGGAGGGCAAGUCCUUCGCCGCCAAGGAAGUCGACCUGCCCCUCCUCCAGGAACAUCAGGUUUAUGUUCGGGUCAACCAUGCGGCCUUCAACCCCACAGACCGGCUGGCUCUCGAUGUCAAUGCAUUUGGUGACGGCGCUGUCUUGGGCUGCGACUUUGCCGGAGAGGUGGUGGAAGCUCAUCCCAGCGUGACCAAGUUCGCCAAGGGCAGUAGAAUCGCCGGCUUAAUCUGGGGCGGAGAGAUUCCUGGUCUCGGGGCUUACUCCACGCAUACUAUCGCGGAUGAAAGACUAUCGUUUCAGAUUCCAGAAAGGAUCAGCGCUGCGGAGGCAAGUACAGUUCCUCUUGCGGCUAACACAGCUUGGCUGGCGCUGUUCUCCCUGGACUGCCUCGGCCUUCCGCGAAACUCUUCAAAUGGAGACCCGAUUCUUAUCUGGGGUGGAAGUUCUGUUGUUGGCUACUUUGCCAUACAGCUUGCCAAGCUACACGGCUAUAAGGUUAUCACCACAUGUAGCCCUCGUAACUUUGACAGGGUCAAAGUAGCCGGUGCUACCCACGUAUUUGACUAUAACAACGAGCAAGCAAUCACACGUAUUCGAGAAGCUGUACCGAACCUGGAACAUGUGUUCGACACAAUUGGCAAUGCCACGUCCUCGGCCAAUGCAUCGAAGGCGCUCAAGGACUCUACGGGCCGCCUAUGCACCGUUCGCCCUGGUAAAGCCAACACGGAAAACGUGCCUUCGACAGUUGAGGUCUCCGACGUGUUCGUUUUCACAGCCUUCCCAACCGCGCAUAGCUAUCGCGGAAAAGCACACUGGCCGGUCAACAUCCCAAAUCACGAACUGAGCAUAGACCUUCAUCAUCAGCUUCCCAAGCUUCUUGAUGAGGGAGAUUUGAGACCUCCGAGUGUGAACAUACUUGGUAGCCUCAGUCCCAAUACAGUCGCACAGGCCAUGGACCUCAAUAGAGACGGAAAGGUAUCUGCGGAGAAGAUUGUCUUCAAAGUUGACUAUUGA